AUUUGUUUUCACAUCACAACACACGAAGAAUUAGAACACGUGCUCAUUUUCGACGUGCGCGUCCAUACCAGCAGCAUCAUAUUACUAGACGGAUGUGUUUCACCAGAAGAAGGGAAAAAGUCAAGCAGCAACAUUGCAGCAACAAACUUAUUUUCAGGAUUUAAGUAAAGUGUAAACAAAACAUCAGUACAAAAGACAGUACCAGUAGCACACACAAAGCAAUGGCAGGUCCAAUGAAGACAUCACAUAAACUUUUCUUUCCAAAUUUCAAAAGAGCUAUUUUAUGCAUCGAUUUUUGGACAAGAAGCUGCUCCAAGUCAACAUUUUUGAACGGACAGGGAUAUUUGAGAUUUGAAGGAGGACUUUCUUGUUGCCAUGGCAAUGCGUCUGCAACCAAAUCGAUGGACUGCAGUGUAAGUAAACAAACAGACUCCAAAAAUGAAACUCUUGAUAUUAAAAUCAGAAACCAGCCAAUUUCUAGACACUUUCCUUGGACAUCUGUAAGAAGAACAUUUUCCACAUCUGUGACUCUUCAAAAAGACGUAGAGAAAUGCUCCGCCUCAAGCAACAAUUUUGUGGAGACCACCCCUGGACCAAAUGGACCAACCCUAUUUGAAUGUAACUCUCCACAAGCUGCAGUCAGAUGGUGGAGUGCUGUAUUUUCAGAGAGGGGUGUUCCUGAGGCAGAGGUGUCGGCUGAGUUCAUUGUGGCCCACGCGCUGGGACUGAAACAGCUACACGAGUUGACAAGUCCUGUCCUGGCCAGAUCGUUGACACAAGUGGAGCUGGACAUCAUCAAUAGACUUUGUACCAAGAGGAUGCAGAGGAUUCCUGUGCAGUACAUCGUCGGCGACUGGGACUUCCGAGAUCUAACGCUGGAAGUCCGACCACCGGUUUUCAUUCCCAGACCAGAAACAGAGAUGCUAGUGGACCUCAUCCUUGGACACUACUCAGAGGACAGCAAGCUGCACUUUCUUGAGAUCGGAUGUGGCAGUGGGGCUAUAUCACUGUCACUCCUCUCUGAACUGCUUUUGGCCCGUGUGACUGCUGUGGAUUGCAGUGAACAGGCUGUGCAACUUACAAUGGAGAAUGCUGAUAGAUUAGGGUUACAGGAUAGACUGACUGUCCACUGUGCUGCUGUAACAUCGCAACUUCCAAAGUGUCUUCAAGGGAAGUCCAGUUCGUUUGAUGCCAUCAUCAGCAAUCCUCCUUACAUACCAACACAAGACAUGGAAGGACUACAGCCGGAAAUCAAACUCUAUGAGGAUGCCAUAGCUCUGUGCGGUGGCCCUGAUGGUAUGGACCUCAUCAAGGACAUCCUUCGAAAUACCCACCUGCUUCUUAAACCCGAGGGAUUUAUUUGGCUGGAGACGGAUUCAAGACACCCCGAAGCCAUCCAGACGUGGCUGGAUACCAACCCAGGGAUGGGUGUGGAGUUGGUCGGGACAUAUCAGGAUUACCAUGACAGACCAAGAUUCACCCAGUUGAGGUACAAGAAUCAACCCAGCCAACUGUAAUGGACAUUUCUCCCGAUUGGGGUAUCAGAGGACCACACCUGUGAUAAGUCUCCCGAAUGAGGUAUCAACGGCAAUACACAUACAUCCUCCUAAAAGACUAUCACACCCUGUGAUCAAUAUCCCCCAAUCAAGGUAUUGGCACAAAGAAACGUGUAAAUCUCCAAACUUGGGUAUAAAACUAGACAAUUACCUUGAGUAAGGCUUAUAGCAAUGCAUGAGGUUAAUUGUUGCAAAAUUGUAUCUAUGUACAACUCAGCUGACAUGAAAACUUUUUCAUGAAAUAACACACAUAAACACAAGUUACUUUUUUUUUUACUUAUUUGGCAGCUGACUAUGCAAUGUUUUAUUUAUUUUGUAUAUUUAAUCACAUAAGAAACCAGGUAGCAUUCUUUCCAGAGUGACUUAAUAAUACGCACAUACAUAAUAUACAUACUGAGAUUGUGUGUGCAGAACGGAAUUGUACAGUGGGUAGGGGGAAAAAAAUAACAUUUUGUACAAAGUUGAGUAAAAGGCGUGCUUGGCACAAGGGUAAACACUUUACAUUCAUAAUAGUUAUCUACUGGGUGCUGAGACUUAGUCAUUUUGAUUGGGAUGAAUUAAAAAAAAGGCCGUGAAAAAAUUGUUGGCUAAAAAGUUGUAUUUUGUUUGUGCUUGUUGGCCUCUUUCAUGCUGGACAAGGAGAGAAUGCAAAAUUAAACACUGGUAACCUGCGGUAACCUGUGGUAACCUUGGGUUUAACCUCAAUGUUUUGCAUGGUUUUACGGGUUACCUCGGUGUUCGACAUUGAGUUACCGCUUGGUAAAUUUGCAUUUUUUUUUCUCAUUAAAAGUUUGCAAAAAUUCACAAUUUGAAAUAAAUCACUUGUCAAAUUGAU